GCUACUCAGUGAGAAAUUCCCGUCUUGGACAUUUAAAAAUGGAAGAAGAUACAGAUUAUAGAAUCAGGUUUAGUUCUUUGUGUUACAUUAAUGAUCAUAUUGGAUUUUGUGGCACUAUAAAAAGCUCACCAAGUGACUUUGUGGUUAUUGAGAUUGAUGAACAAGGACAGUUAGUUAAUAAAGCCAUUGAUGAGCCUAUUUACAAAAUUAGUAAAAUACUACCUGAAUCAAAUAAUCUUGCCAAAAACGUAAAAAUAGAUCUUCAGAAUUUUCCCUUUGAAGAUGGAAGUAACCAAGAACUUAAUCCUUUGAUUAGAUUCUCCAAUGAUGACCAAAACCAUCAUUCUGGUACAGAAAAUGAAGAGACUAUCAAUGAAAGACCUUCCAAAUGUGAAAAAGAAAAAGCUGAUGUAUUGGGUUCCUUGUUAGAUGAAGAAACUAAUGAAUUAUUGAAUCUAUUUGCUUGUGAAAUAAAAGAUAAGUGGAAUUCUGAAAAUGAGCUAAUUGGACCAUCAUCUCCUGAACUGUCAUUAGGCAGAAUCCUAGAGAAAAACCAGAGGGCUAUUUUACAUAGUGCUGUUAGGCAGAAAUUUCCUUUCUUAAUAACUAUAGGAAAAAAUAGUGAAAUUGUUGUAAAACCAAAUCUUGAGUAUAAAGAACUCUGUCACCUGGUAUCUGAAGAAGAAGCAUGUGAAUUUUUUAAAUAUUUAGAUGCAAAGAAAGAAAAUUCCAAAUUUACCUUUAAACCUGAUACAAAUAAAGACCACAGAAAAGCUGUCCACCAUUUUGUUAACAAAAAGUUUGGAAACCUUGUGGAAACUAAAUCCUUUUCUGAGCUGAAUUACAAUGCUGGUAAUCCAAAUGUAGUGAUAACAGUAAGAUUUCGGGAUAAAGCACAUAAGCACAGGAAAAGGUCUCUUCUUGAAUGCCAGGAAAGGAAAGUAAUAUAUACAGCUUUUACCCUACAAAAGGAAAAUUUGGAAAUGUAUGAAGCAGUUGGGUUUUUAGCUAAUAAACUUGGUGUGAUUCCUUCGGAUUUUAGUUAUGCAGGCCUUAAAGACAAGAAAGCCAUCACCUAUCAAACAAUGGUUGUUAGAAAAGUGACUCCAGAGAGGUUGAAAAAUAUUGGAAAAGAAAUUGAAAAGAAAAGAAUGAAUGUGUUUAAUAUUCGUUCUGUAGAUGAUUCCCUUAGACUUGGUCAGCUCAAAGGAAAUCACUUUGAUAUCAUCAUCAGAAAUUUAAAAAAACAAAUAAAUGAUUCUGCAGAUCUGAAAGAGAGGAUUUCAGAGGCAAUACAAAAUGUUAAGGAUAAAGGCUUUGUGAAUUACUAUGGACCGCAGAGAUUUGGGAAGGGAACAAAAGUACACACAGACCAAAUUGGAUUGGCUUUGCUGAAGAGUGAAAUGGUGAGGGCUGUAAAAUUAUUUCUUACACCAGAAGACUUGGAUGAUCCUGUAAAUAGAGCAAAGAAAUAUUUUCUUCAAACUGAGGAUGCUAAAGUCACACUUUCAAUGAUGCCUGAAUUCAAAGUUCGAGAAAAAGCAUUGUUGGAGUCAUUGCAUCGCUUUGGCAUGACCGAGGAAGGUUGCAUCCGGGCGUGGUUCUCAUUUCCCCAUUCUAUGCGCAUAUUCUACGUUCAUGCAUAUAGCAGCAAAAUUUGGAAUGAGGCAGUGUCUUAUAGACUUGCAACCUAUGGAUCAAGAGUAGUGGAGGGUGAUUUGGUCUGUUUGGAUGAAGAUAUUGAUGAUGAGCUUUUACCAAAUAGUAAAGUUCACCUAGUAACUGAAGAAGAGGAAUCAACUAAUGCAUAUGUAAUACAUCAGGUGGUUCUUCCAGUACUUGGGUACAAUAUUCAGUACCCAAAGAACAAAGUAGGACACUGGUACCGUGAAAUACUUAGCAGAGAUGGACUACAGACAUGUAGGUUUAAAGUACCCACUCUGAAACUGAAUGUUCCAGGAUGCUAUAGACAGAUUUUGAAAUAUCCCCAUAAUUUCUCAUACCAACUAAUGGAAGAACGUGAUAUUGAUGUCAAAACAGAAGGUUCCCAUAUUGGUGAAACUUUAUCUCUUUUGAUCUCUUUUGAUCUUGAUACUUCAUGUUAUGCUACAGUUUGUCUGAGGGAAAUAAUGAAGCACGAUGUUUGAAACUGAUACCCUUUAUAUAAUUGUAUAUAUGUCACUCUUUGAAGGAAAGGGAGCUAAAAUUUCUUGAGCUAUUACUAGUUCCAUGUACUAGGAACCUUGAAAUUGUUAUCUCCUUUAAUUCUCACAGCAUCCUGAAGAAGGAGGAAUUUGAUGCUGUAAUGUUCCAGAGGACAUACAGCUAGUAAGUCGCAGGGUCUGAAUUUAAACUCAGACUGGUCUAACUUCAAAGUCUAUAUUCUAUUAUAUCAUGCUCCAGUGGCUUUUAACUCUGUAUUAUAAAAGUUACAGUCUUUUUCAACUAUUAGAAACUUAUAAUAUCCAAGAUAACAUUUACAAAAAAGAAUUAUGAAGUAAUAUUUAUGUCCUCUGACUUCUUGCUUAGAAUAUAGGUGAAAUUAGGUUGCAGUGAAAAUGUUUGAUUGAUUGGAGAGUAAGAGAGGUGUGAAGUAUCUUGCUAUUGAUAUUGUCAUUCUUUGCUAUUUUCAUAUUUUCAGUCAGAACAAUAUACAAGGGAAAUACCUCCUCCUAUUAAUGAUAGCUACCCCAGGGGUAGCUCCCUUAAGAGACAAAUAAUCUUCAAUGAAGAUUGAAAUCAAAUUUUUCAUUUAAUUUCUGUAUCUUGAAAUACAUUGGCUGGCCAUCUUGACCUUUAUUUUUCUCUAUUGUCUAAAAGACAGAUUUUAGAGUCAGACAGAUCUAGGAUCAGACUCUUAGCUCUGAUACUUACUUGUGACUGGUAUAUUACUGAUUUCUUUCUGAGGCUCAUUUGUAGAAUCAAGAAAAUACCAACCUUAUAGCAACAAAUAAUAGGAUUUUUAACCUUUAAUGUUGCUAGAGGAAGAAAACAUUCUUCCUAUUUGAAAAUUUGAAUUUGAUUUGGCUUAACUAUCCCACAUUAUAAAGCACCCUUAACUGUUUUAUAUUGGUUGAAUUUGGGGGGAAAUGUUAUUAAUUGGGAAAAUCUGAGUAUUCUUUCACUGCUGGUAGCAUUAUUUAAUGAUGAAACAAAAGCAAUGUAGAGUAUUGCAUAUCAGUAACCUGGGAUUUUUAUAUAUUUAAGUCACUCAAAUCCUUCUAGGGACAAUUAGCAUAAAGAAAUAAAAUUUAAAAGAAGGAAAAAGUGAUAUGAUAUGCAAAUUUUACUUACUGUAGCAUUUUAAAAUAUAUAGUUCAAGAAAUUAUAAAUAAUUUCAAAGUCCAGUAUUAGAUAACUGAAGUAAGUAAAUUGUGAUUUAUCAACUUGAUAGCAAAGCAUGUAGUUAUUAAAAAUGGUGAUGAAGAUUUUAUUAGUUAUGUAAGAAAAUAUUGCCCCCAACUCCAAAAGCAGAAAAUGUAUAUAUUAUGACUGCAAUAUAUACAGUGAGUGCAGCUUUUUCAAAUGAGAGGCAACUCAGCAUAAUGUUUAAAAGCAUAGAUAUUAAAUAUAAACUCCCUCAGUUUGAAUCCUGGCUCUGCCACUUACAACUCUGUGGUCUUAGAUAACUUAUUUAAGUUUUGUGUGUCUCAGAUUAAACAUCCAUAAAAUGGGGAUCUUAAUAUUACCUAAAUCACAGAAUUAUCAUGAGGAUUUGAUGAGUUAAUGUAUGUAAAGCAUUAGAAAAGUGCCUGACAGUUUUUGUAAAUAGUGUUUGCAGAUAGCAAGUUUGGAAGGGAACAGAAAAAAAUGAAAAAUGUCAUUUGUUAAGGUGAUAGAGAAUUAAGAUUUUUUUAAAUAUUAAAAAGUUUCUUUCCUGUCAUUAUACAUUUUAACAAUAAAUAAAUCUCAAGACACAAAAAUCAGAGCUUGUGGUAUUACCGAUUUUUAAAAAUUAUUUUCAUAGAUUUAAUGUUUAUUGAUAAUUAGAUACUGUAUGAAAUAAUAAAAAUUUUUAGAAAAAGUUUUAACUUUUUUAUGAUAAAUCAUAUCCUGUAAAUGUAAUUAGGAAAUGUUACAUGAAGUACUAAAAACUGGCUUUCUUGUUAAUGUUGAGUAGCAGUUAGAAAAUAUGGAAACAUUAAAAUGUGUUAUCAUUGAUAUUUUUCAUUGCCUGCAGAUGGCACCAUAGUUCCAGAUAUCAUUCAUACAUACACAUUUAUAUGUUUAGUAAAUACUUUGACCAUGUAUAAAGAAAGGAUCGUUGAAGUCUUUCAAGUCACAAUAUAAUAUAUUCAGAUAUUGUUCAUGUGGAAAAUUAUUUUAUUUACCAAUAAUUUUUUUUUUAAGUUUAUGGACUUGAAUAUGCUUUGUACCAGCUGAGGGCCAGUCACUGCAGUUUUUUGCAGUUUUUCUGGGGCAUGUCAAGGGUUCAGAAGUGUGAUCUUUAGAAUAGUGUUAAUAGUCAAGUUUGCAUUUGAAACUGAGCAAUAGUGCCUCAGGAUCAGGCACUAUUAAUUAAUUAAUAAGCAUUUUUAUUAAGAUAAAAACACCUGGAGUUUUUUGUGAUUUGUAAUAAACUGAAAGUCAUGUGUAAUUCUUGAUCCAGCUACCACUUAUUGUCACUUCCACUUCUCUCAUUUUAAUACACACACACACCUUGUAGGUAGGUAGUAUUUUCCCCUUUUUUGCAGAUGAGAAAAAUACCAGAAAAAUUUACUGUCCUAUCCAAGGUCAAAUGUAUAGUUUGUGGUU